GCUUUGUAAGUGCGCGGCUGCUCGCGCUAGGGUGUCUGUCACAAACUUAACACAGCACGCGCUUCGCAUGGACCGUCAACCAGCUCGCAAAUAUUAAAGAGACGCUGGCGAACAACUGUCAUUUGGGUCAUCAGCUACACACAGAGAGAUGUAUUUUUGGUAGUCUAAGCAAAGCCAUUCGGUGUCCGCAUCAAAAUGGAUCUGCAUACGGUCAAACUAACGUGAAACACCCGAAACUUUAAAAUAGCGUUGAACUUUAAUGUUGAAGUACAGCGUGGACGGGAUGGUCUGAAGUGUCGUUUACUUUUCUAGCUUUUCGCAUUGCACAAUGUACGGGUUUGACAGCUGCUGCGCGUGACAACAUUUCUGCCCGAGACUCCUGCUACGUCUCAGCGGGCGUCGUUUGUGCUCAGUAUGACAGAGGACGUAAUGACUGCGGUACGAGGAAAUCUUUCUCAAACGGCAAAUAUUUCGGGACAAAAGGAUGGCGAACAACCUUCACCGACAAACGGAGCGAUCCCUUCCUCCUCCCUGGAGUCGGAGUUCCGCGAGGACGCGCAGUCCUGCACCAGCGAACUCACCCGCACGUGGCUGCAGUUUGCCAAAACAUUUGUUAUUAUCUUCCCCAUAUAUGUUCUGGGCUACUUUGAGUUCAGCUUUAGUUGGCUUUUGAUCGCACUCACAAUAUUUUUCUUUUGGAGAAGAAACACGAGGGGUAAGAAUACGAGGCUUAACAGGGCGCUCGCCUUUUUUGAGCAGAAUGACACUUUUAAACAGGAGCUGGAAGCAACUGAUCUACCAUCAUGGGUUCAUUAUCCAGAUGUGGAAAGAGUUGAGUGGCUAAAUAAGACAGUGAAACAGAUGUGGCCUUAUGUGUGCCAGUUUGUGGAGAAGUUGUUUAAGGAAACUAUCGAGCCAGCCAUCAAGGAAGCAAGUUCACACUUAAGCACAUUCAGCUUUAGCAAGAUUGACCUUGGAGAUAAGCCUCUCAGGAUCAAUGGGGUCAAAGUUUACACUGAGAAUGUGGACAAACGGCAGAUUAUCAUGGACCUCCAGAUCAGCUAUGUCGGAAAUACUGAAAUCGAUGUGGAUGUCAAAAGGUACUACUGUAGAGCAGGAAUCAAAAGUAUACAGCUGCAUGGAGUCCUACGUGUCAUCCUUGAGCCACUUCUAGGGAACAUGCCACUUGUUGGUGCUCUCUCGCUUUUCUUUCUCAAGAAACCACUAUUGGACAUAAACUGGACAGGCCUCACAAACAUAUUGGACAUUCCAGGUCUUAAUGGCUUUUCCGACCACAUGAUUCAGGAUAUAAUUAGCAGUUAUAUGGUGCUGCCCAACAGGAUCACUGUACCACUGAUUGGUGAGGUUAAACUUGAACAACUCCGCUUUCCCAUGGCAAAGGGAGUUCUAAGGAUUCAUUUUCUCGAAGCUCAACAUUUAGAAGUUAAGGAUACGUAUUUGGGAGGUCUUAUUAAAGGCAAAUCCGAUCCAUAUGGCAUGCUGCUGGUCUGCAACCAGCUCUUCAGAAGCAAGACCAUCAAAGAAUGUCUGGAUCCCAAGUGGAAUGAGGUGUAUGAGGCAUUAGUAUAUGAACAUUCAGGACAACAUCUUGAAAUUGAGCUCUUUGAUGAAGACCCAGACAAAGAUGACUUCUUGGGAAGUCUUAUGAUUGACUUGAGUGAGCUUUAUAAGGAGCAGAAGGUUGAUGAGUGGUUUGACUUGGAAGAGGUUGCUACAGGCAAGCUUCAUCUGAGAUUAGAGUGGCUGUCAUUGUACCCAAAUGCUGAGAAACUAGAUCAAGUUAUGAGGACCAUAAGGGCCAAUGACAAUCUCUCUUCAGCUCUGCUAGUUGUUUACCUCGACUCUGCAAGGAGUUUGCCAAGUGUCUUUGAGGGCAGCUUUGGAUGUGGAAACCUGAAGGAGAGGAGGGCAUCUGGUCUGGUCUUUUGUGAGAACUCUGAUUCUCUCUGUAGAAAUGUAUUCACCAAUCCUCUUGAAUUUAACCCUGAUGGCCCCAAACCCCCUUAUAAAGGCCUGAAGUCUGGGAAGAAAGUGAGCAUAGAUCCGAACCCUUUUGUCAAAUUGACCGUAGGGCAAAAGACAUACACAAGCAAGGUUAGAUAUAAAACAAGUGAGCCACUGUGGGAGGAGGCCUUUUCAUUCCUUAUUAACAAUCCUCGCACCCAGGAACUGGAACUUGAGGUUAGGGACAGUAAACUCAAGUGCACCCUGGGUAACUUGCGGGUGGCACUGUCUUCACUGCUGACGGAGGCGGACAUGACGCUAAAUCAGCAUUUCCCCCUGCAGAACUCUGGCCCCAGCAGUACCCUCAAACUGAAAAUGGCUCUUAGGGUUCUCUGUUUGGAGAAGGAGGUCACAUCCAGUCAACCAUCAUCUGUCCGAGUCAGACACACUAGUCAGAGUAACACUUCACAUCCUCAAACAGGCACCAGCGAAUCCACAGUCAUCCAGCCGCCACACGAUCCUUCACCAAACCCUCCCUUCGACACACCUCAGGGAAAGCGAGGAUCGGACAGCUCGCCGGUGCGGCUGGCGGAAGCACGUCACAGUGUCUGCAGUUUGGACAUAAGCAGCUCUCACAAGCAUCAGUCUCACAGAGACUCCACGCCCAGUCUGGCCUCCGACAUUUCACUGCCCUGUGCCACACUGGAGCUGCAGCAGAGAUUACAGCAACUGCAAAACGGCUCUGGGUUGAGUCGGUAUCCGCUUGGUGAAGUUCAGCUCACUGUUCGACACAGCUUGCAAAGGAACAAACUCAUUGUGGUGGCUCAUGCCUGCAGAAACCUCAUUGCACUGACCAAAGAUGGUUCAGAUCCAUACAUCCGCCUGUACCUCUUACCAGACAAGAGCAGGAGCGGCCGCAGAAAAACCAGCAUGCUCAAGAAAACACUCAACCCUGUCUAUGACCAAUCCUUUGAGUUUAGUGUGUCUAUAGUGGAACUGCACAGGAGAACUCUGGAUGUUGCUGUGAAGAAUGGAGGAGGACUUCUAUCCAAACACAAAGUACUGCUUGGCAAGGCACUUGUGGAUUUGUCAAGUGAAGAUAUUUCUAAAGGAUGGACCCGAUGGUAUAAUCUGACUGAAGAUGGAUCAAAGAAAAUGUAGUACCAUGAAAGCAGGAAGUAGCAUUAGAAAGGAACAGCAGAUAACUGGGACACCAGUUUGUCACAGUCAGCCUGCACAAGAUAAUCUACAGCUGAGAACCAUUCAGUAGCUGGAGAACGGUGUUUGGCUAACUAAACCAGGCCACAUCUACUGGGAUUUACUUUGGCCUACAAUGUGUCUCUUAUUCUGAACAAAGUUGCCACCGUAAAAACAUAAGUGCUCUAUUUACCCUGAUUUUCUCCAAGGAUUAAGUCAAAAUGUUGUUUUAUUCAUCUAUUCACUGCACUGUUUCACCUUUCCUGUCGACUCUUGACUUCUGCCAAUGUAGCUACAAAACAACAGUACAAACUAAAAAUCAUUUGACUGAGGCUAAGUGAUACUUAUUCCCUCCUGGUUGGUUUACAAUAAAGUUAUUUUUUAUAUAUAUUCUCAGUUUUAGAAUACUGGAGGUUUGUAUUACUUUUUCUUAGCCGUUUUUCUUUCUUGUUGUUGGAAAGUUGGACAUAUCCUUGUAGCAUUGUUAUUUGUAUUAGGCAGAAAAUUACAUAAAACACAUGGCCAAAGAGGUGGUUGUGGUUCCCAUUUGCAAAUGUGGGUUGCAAAUGAAACAGACACUGCACAUGUAUGUAUAUUUGUGAACACUUUUUUUUCUUGGAUUUUAUGCUGCUGUGAUUUUGACUUUUACUGUACCUUGAAUUUCAUUUACCUCUGUUUAUCUAUUGCAUAGGGUAAUGGAAAUCCUUCUAGUUACAUUCAGCUAUUCAUAAAUGGUCAUUUGAUAAUACUUUAUUUUAAAAGUAUUUCACUUGUUUCCUAUUGCACACAAAUGCCUGUACAGAAAUGUUUGAUACCCAUUUAUUUCAGAAAAGAUUUAUCAGUUUGUAUUAGAGCAAGAAAGCAAAGUAAUGUAUAUACUACGUGAAAUUUUUGUAUGUACGUUCUUAGUCUAGUCACAAAGUAUAUUGUUUCGGAUUGUUUAAAGACUGUGAAAUGGCUGUUGGUGUGAAUUUCAGCCUUAUUCUUUUGAGUUGUGCAUGAUAUUUCAGAAAAAUGAAAUUCAGCUGGCAUCUGUGAGUUGAUUUGUAAUCUUUGUAAAUUGUUUUUCCAGGCUCAUAUCAUAUUGGGGACAUUAUGCACGAGGAAUUUCAGUCUCCAUAUUAUGUCUUCAGAUAUCAUAGUGUUUUUACUUUUUUGUAAAGGUAAAUUGCACAAUUUUAAAACAAAACUGUAUGUUCUAUUUUAUUGUUAUUUUAUUAUUAUUGUUAAUUCUGUCUCUUCAUCCUGUUGUUGCUUUAUGAUAUGCUUCAUUACAGGAUGUUUGAUAAAGUGUUAAUGCAACCUAAUAAAUGUGCAAUAAGUUGC